UCUGUUCAUUUUCAAGUUACCAGGAUUUUUAUAAACGUUAUGUAGAUGGCAUUUUAAUGCAGUGCGAAUGGAUAUAAUAUACUAGACUGUUUAGUUUAGCAUGACUGCCAAAUACUAAAUGUCAACAAUAAUACAACAGUCAAAUGUAAAAUACGUACAUAAGUUUGGUUACAUAAUUGCUAUAAUACCGGAGUAUUACACUUCAUGAUUUUUUGGCAUUUUAUUUAUACCGAAUUUACAACGCUGGUUUUUUAAGCAGACAAACAUUUAUACUUUGCGCGCAGCUGCCAAAACAGCAACACAUGUUGGGGAUAAAAAGCGGCACUUUUAAUGACUGACAGCACCGUGAAUCAAAUGAUUGUUUUCUAGAAAUAGUUUGUAUUGAUAAACUCAGAAAGAACGAUAAGCAAUCAUUGUUGGUAAUAGAAACACAUGCGAAUACAAUGAAUUUAAGAAUGCUCAAAAUGAAGCUACCGUUAAGAACAUUUGUUAUUGUGGUUUUAACGCCAGUUAUUGCGGCCUGUGGACAUGAUGGGUGUCCAGGAGACGAACGUGGCCGGUCGGUUCCGGCCGACAAGCGGGUCGUUGACCGACGGCCGCGGUGGAGCGACAACUCGACGCUAAGAGAGGUGGUUGGGGACCUUUGUCUGCGACAGCGGACGGACAGGCUCGUUUACAGAAAGCAGAACGACACAAACGUAUUCAUUGGGUUUGAUGACGUGCAGGGCGGCGUCGUGUACACCAUGAUGUGGACAAUGGCCGGUCCAUACGGAGAGACGCUGGAGGAUGAGAACAUGAACAAGGGCGGGUUUGACCUCUACCCAGCGGCCCCGUUCCGAGAAACUCUCACCUUAGAUGCCCUCCUCGCAGCCACAGACAGGCGCCAGCAGAUGAAGUUCCUCUCGUUAUUGGACGUGUGCCGCUCCACGCGCCUACUCACGCGCACCUGCCUCAUCCAUGCAUUCGCCACCGCCUCUCGCGACAUGAAGGCCCUCAAACUCCACAAAACAUGCUCAAAACACUGACAAACAUUUGCUCAAAAGAGGCAAGCCGACCUUGGGACGCGAUCAAAUACGAUCGUAUGUACCGUAUUUAGAGUCCAAAUAAAACUUAAAUCAUGACAAAUGGAUUAUCUUCAGAACUGAAGUCACCGAGCUGAAUGCAGCAGCAAGUGAGGAGUAAUGAAACAGGAUAUGCACCAAACGAACAAUUCGUGUGAUAACAUAUCAUUGCACUGAAACAAAAGUUUUACGUUCGUGGUAUAAACCGACCAGUCAAACUUGUUUUGAAAUAAUUUCUUGCAUUUUUUUAAAGAUGGCAAACAUUGCCGGAUUAGGUACCGGUACAAUAAAGUGAACAUUAAAUUUUGUGUUAUUGAAAAUCUCCUAUAAUCGCUUGACGAGUUAUACACAACGAAAUGAGGCCGAACCAAGAUGCAACUCUAUGAACAUGCAUUCAACCCCAUUUCAGGAAAAUACAAUAAAAUAGUAACAUAUAUUUUAAUUCUUUAGUUAAAAACGAAUCUUCACAUGUUCUACACCAUUUAUCAUUCACCAUUUAUCAUGCUCAUCUGUUGAUUAUUUAUUAAGAGGAAUGAUAAAUAAAGGAGAAACAGAU